UCGAAUUUAAUUAGAAUUGUUUCAAUAAAAGCACAAAAAAUCUCUCGUUCUGACGUCUUUGUCCAAAUUGCACUAAAGAGAUAAAGAUGAAGGAUUUCGUUUGGCGCUAAAACAAAUGCGCAUGUUAUCCACCGUUAAUUAUUCAACUGUACACAAUCUAACGGUUAUGAAUUCGAGCACAUGGCGUACAACGUCCUCUCACAAUCCAUUUUAUAAAGUAACAUUUUAACGCCCCAUACGUUUCAUAUGCUUUUCAACAACCAGUUUUCUUGACUUCUUCUUCUUCUUCUUCUUCAUUCUUCCAGAGUUGCAAUUUAAUCAUCAGCAUAAUCCCAGAUUCACAAGACCAAAAUCCUUAACUGACAAAUGGAAUCACAAUUUCCAAAUGAUCGAGCCUUAGUUCGAACCCGAAUCAUAACAAAUCACCUUCUCAGUUCUUCACCUUCUCAAUCAAAUACAUUUCUUGAAUCAAAUUCUUGUUUAAAUUAUACACCCCCGGAACUCCACGAAAGUUACAACUUUGACACGAAAGAGAUGAGAAAGUUACUAGACAUGCAUAAUAUAGAAGAUAGAGAUUGGUUAUUUGGGUUAAUGAGACAGAGCAAGGUGUUUAAUCCCGUAGAAAAAGGAGGGAGAGUGUAUGCAGUGCCUGAUUAUAAUCAAUCAACGGAACAGCAAAGAGAAAUGACUAUGAAACGAAUUGGAUAUAUGCUAGAAAGAGGUGUUUUUAAUGGGUGGUUGACAGGGAAAGGAUUAGAAUCGGAAAUGAAAAAGUUUGCCUUUCUGGAAGUUACUGGGAUUUUUGAUCAUUCUCUCUCUGUUAAGCUUGGUGUUCACUUCUUUUUAUGGGGUGGUGCCAUCCAGUUUUUUGGCACAAAGCGUCACCAUGACAAGUGGCUGAGGAACACUGAAACUUAUGCACUCAAGGGUUGCUUUGCUAUGUCAGAAUUGGGGCAUGGAAGUAAUGUCCGAGGAAUUGAAACAGUCGCCACCUAUGAUUCAAACACAGGAGAGUUUGUCAUCAACACUCCUUGUGAAUCAGCUCAAAAGUAUUGGAUUGGUGGGGCUGCUAAUCAUGCAACACACACGAUAGUGUUUUCACAGCUCAAUAUAAAUGGGACGAAUCAAGGAGUUCAUGCAUUUAUAGCCCAGAUCAGGGACACAGAAGGGAACAUAUGCCCUAAUAUUCGUAUAGCUGAUUGUGGUCAUAAAAUUGGUUUAAAUGGUGUUGAUAAUGGUCGAAUCUGGUUUGACAACAUGAGAAUUCCCAGAGAGAAUUUGUUGAAUUCGGUUGCUGAUGUUUCACCAGAUGGACAAUAUCUGAGUGCAAUAAAAGACCCAGAUCAGAGAUUUGCAGCGUUCCUGGCCCCUUUGACUUCUGGUCGUGUAACUAUUGCUGUUAGUGCAAUCUACUCAUCAAAGAUAAGUUUAGCAAUUGCCAUAAGGUACUCCUUGACUAGGCGAGCAUUUUCUAUCAGACCUAAUGAACCUGAAGUGCUAUUGCUUGAUUACCCAAGUCAUCAACGACGACUCUUGCCUCUUCUUGCAAAGACAUAUGCUAUGAGUUUUGCUGGAAAUUCCUUGAAAAUGAUAUACUGGAAGAGAGCACCAGAGACAAACAAAACCCUUCAUGUUAUUUCAAGUGCAUUCAAGGCUACCAUGACUUGGCAUAAUAUGAGAACACUUCAAGAAUGCCGUGAAGCUUGCGGAGGACAAGGCUUGAAGACUGAAAAUCGAGUUGGUAAUUUGAAAAGUGAAUUUGAUGUUCAGACUACUUUUGAGGGGGACAACAAUGUUCUCAUGCAACAGGUCAGCAAGGCACUCUUUGCAGAAUUUAUAGCAGCUCAGAAGAAAAAGAAACCUUUUAAGGGUCUGGGAUUAGAGCACAUGAAUGGACCUUGCCUUAUCAUUCCAUCUCAGCUGACCAGUACUAUUCUUAGGAGCAGCCAAUUUCAGAUUGGUGCAUUCUGCUUAAGAGAGCGAGAUCUUUUGAAUCGUUUUGCUACCGAAGUAUCACAGCAUCAAGCAAAGGGUGAAAGUAAAGAGAAUGCAUUCAUGUUGGGUUAUCAACUUGCAGAAGACUUGGGAAGAGCCUUCUCAGAUAGAGCAAUAUUGCAAACCUUCAUUGAGGCUGAGACAUCUGUAUCUGAUGGUGCAUUGAAGAAUGUCUUGGGUCUGUUGAGAUCAAUGUAUGCCAUGAUCUGUUUGGAAGAAGAUGCCGCAUUUCUGAGGUAUGGGUACUUAUCAACAGAAAAUGCUGCUGCUGUGAGGAAAGAAGUGAUGAAGCUUUGCAACGAAUUGCGACCACAUGCACUCGCCUUGGUCAGUUCUUUUGGCAUUCCUGAUGCUUUUCUGAGCCCUAUAGCAUUUAACUGGAUCGAUGCCAAUUCUUGGUCGUCUGUUAAACUGUAGUUAGGGUCCUUAUUAUUGUAUAAUGCAUAUUUAUUUUGGCUGGGGGGAUUCCCAGUAAAAGGUGUUCUGCUCUUAGUCAUUUGCUUCAAGUUUUAAUAAGAAGUCCUGGGUAACACAGACCCAAAUUGUGGCAAGCAUGCUUAUAUGUGAAACCUUUUUUAUGUUAAUAAAUCCAUGUUAAUCUUGUACACAA